CUUGAGUACAGGAGAUCAGGCUGCAAAAGGGAACUAUGGACUCCUUGAUCUCAUACAGGCUUUAAGAUGGACUAGUGAAAACAUUGGAUUCUUUGGUGGUGACCCCUUAAGAAUCACUGUUUUUGGAUCUGGUGCUGGGGGUUCAUGUGUCAAUCUGCUGACUUUAUCCCAUUAUUCUGAAGGUAACCGUUGGAGCAAUUCAACCAAAGGACUCUUUCAACGAGCAAUAGCUCAAAGUGGAACAGCCCUUUCCAGCUGGGCUGUUAGUUUCCAACCUGCAAAAUAUGCUAGAAUGUUGGCGACAAAAGUUGGUUGCAAUGUUUCAGAUACAGUAGAGUUAGUGGAAUGCCUGCAGAAGAAGCCUUACAAAGAACUUGUUGACCAAGAUAUUCAACCAGCUCGGUACCACAUAGCCUUUGGACCUGUGAUUGAUGGUGAUGUAAUACCAGAUGACCCUCAAAUAUUGAUGGAGCAAGGAGAGUUUCUCAACUAUGAUAUAAUGUUAGGAGUGAACCAAGGGGAAGGGCUAAAAUUUGUUGAAAAUAUAGUAGAUAGUGAUGAUGGUAUAUCUGCUAGUGAUUUUGACUUUGCUGUUUCCAAUUUUGUUGAUAAUUUAUAUGGCUAUCCUGAAGGCAAAGACGUUUUGAGAGAAACCAUUAAAUUCAUGUAUACUGACUGGGCUGACCGUCAUAACCCUGAGACCAGAAGGAAGACACUAUUGGCUUUGUUUACAGACCAUCAGUGGGUGGCACCAGCUGUAGCUACAGCAGAUCUUCACUCAAACUUUGGUUCACCUACAUACUUCUAUGCCUUUUAUCAUCAUUGCCAAACAGAUCAGGUUCCAGCUUGGGCUGAUGCAGCCCAUGGAGACGAGGUUCCCUAUGUGCUGGGGAUUCCCAUGAUUGGCCCUACAGAGUUAUUUCCUUGCAAUUUCUCCAAAAAUGAUGUGAUGCUGAGUGCAGUUGUCAUGACAUACUGGACAAAUUUUGCUAAAACUGGUGAUCCAAAUCAACCAGUCCCUCAAGACACAAAAUUCAUCCAUACCAAACCCAAUCGCUUUGAAGAAGUAGCGUGGACCAGAUAUUCUCAGAAAGACCAACUUUAUCUCCAUAUUGGUUUAAAGCCAAGAGUUAAAGAACAUUACAGAGCCAAUAAAGUGAACCUCUGGUUGGAGCUGGUACCUCAUCUGCAUAAUCUCAAUGACAUUUCUCAGUAUACCUCGACGACAACUAAAGUGCCAUCAACUGACAUCACUUUCAGACCUACCAGAAAAAAUUCUGUACCUGUCACAUCAGCCUUUCCCACUGCCAAGCAGGAUGAUCCCAAACAACAACCAAGUCCAUUUUCAGUGGAUCAGAGGGACUACUCAACAGAGCUGAGCGUCACUAUUGCAGUCGGAGCGUCACUGCUAUUUCUAAACAUCCUGGCCUUUGCAGCCCUGUACUACAAAAAAGAUAAGAGGAGACAUGAUGUUCACAGAAGAUGCAGCCCUCAGCGCACCACGACCAAUGAUCUAACCCAUGCACAAGAAGAGGAAAUCAUGUCCCUCCAAAUGAAGCACACUGAUUUGGAUCAUGAAUGUGAGUCCAUCCAUCCACAUGAGGUGGUUCUUCGGACCGCCUGCCCCCCAGAUUACACACUAGCUAUGAGGAGGUCACCUGAUGAUGUUCCCUUAAUGACACCCAACACCAUUACAAUGAUUCCCAACACUAUACCAGGGAUUCAGCCCUUACACACAUUCAAUACAUUUACUGGAGGACAGAACAAUACUCUGCCACAUCCCCACCCCCAUCCCCAUUCACAUUCAACAACCAGGGUAUAGCCAGAUAAGAGAAACAAACUAUUUUUUUGAUGGACUGCAGUAAAACAUUACUGAAGAUUCCUUGGCUUUCAACCUACAAGACUCUUACUAUUUAAAUAAGGAGGAGUAUUAUGUGAAUAUACAUAUCAAGAACUUUGGGGGUUUUGAAAAAAAUGAAUUGUAUAUAUAUAUAUGUAUAUAUAUAUACAGAUCAACUUUAAAAAACAAAUUUCAAUUGCUUGAAGCAGUUGUUCUCAAUGAUACUUUUUCAUUCACAUUCAAGAAUUAAUUUUUUGAAGAUUUAAGUUACAGAAUGGAAUUAGGCAUGUGGAACACCAAACAGGAAAGAACCAUGUCUCAAAUAUAAAAAAUAAAAAUUUAAAAAACAACUAUGAAUAUGCACAAGGGACACACCAAUGGAAUGUCAGAUAAUUUUCACCAGUUUUUAUUUGGAGCCGUUUUAUUGUGUAGACCAUAUUUACAUAUUUGGAUAAGUACACAAAGCACCAGUGCUGUUAAUGGCCUUAGCAGAGGCUCAUGCUGAAAUUUGCCAGUAACACAAAGAAGUUUAAAGACUGGCAGGUACAACAUUGUCACAUAAGUGCUGUCAGUAUAAAGUUGUGGGGAUAAAGGAAACUGGAUAUUUUUAGCACGAUGUGCAUGAUAAUUUAUAUGCUUGGUGGCUGUGCUGCUGAUUAAGCCGUAAUUAAAAUUCUUCUCAUCCCAUUGGAGUCUUUAAUAGAAGUUUCCUCCACCGAUUGGCAGAACCUAAAGAAGAUCUUAAGAGGCAAAAGUAAUUACAAUAAAAUAAUUCACAGUAGCUUCAAUAUAGAAGGAAUUAGUUAUAAAAGGUAUUCGAAGAAACUGUAGGCAUAGUGGUGAAUACUCGCUGAUAUGAAUCCCAGAAAAAAAUUUCCUGUUUUUAAUGUUCUUUUCAUUCCCAUCUAAAUAAUUUAUAGAAGUAUACCCCUAAUUGGACAUGUCUUACAGAAUCUAUAAUUUACUGUGUUUUUUGUUACUCUGUAUUUUGUUCCUUUUGAUAAGGUGAAGUGUGUCCAAAGAGUUACUUGCAACAGUCUUUUAUGAUAUGAGAAUGCCCCAAUAUUGCCACUCUGAUUACAGUUCUCAGCUAAUUGAUUUACUCAUGUUGCAUGAUAAAAUAUUUACGAUAAUAAUUCAGCAUAAAGUUAUGUCCCACUUCACAUGACUUACCUUUCUCACCGAGGUUCAUUCGCUGGAAUUUACUCAUGCAAUCUCAGUAGAGUACAACGUAGAUACAGAACCUAGGCAAGUCAACAUCUGGAGGAUUUUAGUCUUACACGUAUGUGUGAUUUUAAACAAAUAUUCUAAGAACACAGGAAACUCUUCAUCCCCUGUUGUUUACCAGUAACAGUGUAUCACAGACCUUUCCAAAUGUUUGUAUAUGUAAUCAGAUGUACAUUUAUAUUUAAAAAAAAUGAGAUGGACUUAAAGAGCACAUCCUGAUACUUUCUCUCUUAUCUGUACUAUAUUUCUAUUAGACUAAAGUUAUGUGAUUUUUUUUUACAUUUUUUCAGAUGACUAGCAAUUUUGAUAGUUUAUAAGAUAAUGCAAAGAACUUUCUCUGACAAACUAACUGCAGUAACAGAAACCUUUCUUUUCAGUUACUCUUUUUCAAGAAUGAAAGCUUAUUAUACAAAAAAACAUUGUAUACUACUUGAUGGAAACAACUUUGUACAUCUUGGCCAUGUCACUGGUCAUUGCGUGAAAUAAAGAUAACCUGGAUAAUGACUAUUAGUCCAAUGCUAAGAAACACUAUCUUUGCUCAUUAAAGAGCUAAAAUGUU